AUGAAAAUAGUCUUUUCAUCAUUAGUUGCGAUUGUUCUACUAGCAACAAUCGAUUCUAAUGUGAAUGCGUACAAAUCCUAUUCACAAUAUCAACUGUGGCAUUUACAUAUUGUAAACAAUGAGCAAGUAGCUAAAAUACUUGAAUUUAGCCGUAGUGCAUAUCAACAUAAAAUUAACUUUUGGUCUGAAGAGUUCCGUAAAGAUAUGCCGAUUAUUGUUAGUGUAGCACCAGAAUCGAUUGAAAGUUUCGCUACGUAUUUAUCAAAGGAAUUGAAUGUCAAAUACGAUGUAGCUAUGAAAGAUAUCGGCUCUGUUAUUGAAGGACAAAAGUUAAUUCACAAAUUAGAAUCGUCGACUUACAAUGCCGAUGACUUUGCUUACGAUAAAUACCAUCCACUUGAAGAAAUCCAUGCUUGGAUUGAUAAAAUGGUGCAAACAUAUCCAAACUUAGCUAGUUCAUUCGUAGUUGGUCAGUCGUAUGAAAAACGCGAUCUGAAAGGCUUGAAAAUUUCGUCAAAUAAAGCAGCUGUUAAACGUGAUGGUACCCCGGUGAACGCAAAAAAAGCUGUUUGGUGGGACGGAGGUAUUCAUGCGCGUGAAUGGAUUAGUCCAGCAACGAAUAUCUAUAUUGCUCACGCACUCCUAUCAAACUAUAGCAUUGAUCCAACAAUAACACACAUUGUUGAUCAAUUCGAUUACUAUAUUUUACCAGUUUUCAACGUCGACGGUUAUGCAUACACAUGGUCCAAAGAUCGUUUAUGGCGCAAAACUCGAAGCAAAACAUCGAAUCCUAACUGUUUUGGUGCUGAUCCAAAUCGUAACUGGGAUUACCAGUGGUGCGAAGGUGGUGCCACGCAUGAUCCAUGCGAUGAUAUCUAUUGUGGUAGUAAACCGUUCUCGGAAAUUGAAACUCUCCAAGUAUCGAAGUUUAUCAGUGAUCAUAAAGAUAGUAUUGUUCAUUACAUCAACUUUCAUUCGUAUUCGCAACUAUGGAUGACACCAUGGGGCUAUACAACAAAGAAGCCAGCUCAAUUCAAAUUACAAGAUGAUGGUUCAGCUCAAGCUGUUGCCGCACUUCGUGCUGUGUUUGGUACUCGAUACGUUCAUGGCAAUAUCGGUGCAACAAUCUACGUUGCAUCCGGUAACACAGUUGACUGGACAUCUGGCACUGCUAACAUUACUUUUAGUUAUGCUGUCGAACUUCGAGAUACAGGAGAAUAUGGAUUCUUAUUACCCGAAAAUCAAAUUUUACCAAGUGGUCAAGAAACCUUAGCUGGAGAAUUAGCUUUAUUGAAAUACAUUGAAGGACAUGUCUACGGAUAG